AUUCUUUCGUUUUGUAUUCUUUGGAUACCUUGACGCAGUUUUGUAGUGGUCCUUGAUUGAUGGAUGUGUAUGUUUUAAAUUCGUUAGAGAAACUCAAAAUAGGGUAGUACCCUGAAAAAAAUAGAUAAAUAUAAAUAAUUAAUGGUUCUAUGUGACAAAUUAGAGUGGAGUGUGAGACAAAUCGCACGUAAAUGGUAAUGGAAAAAUACGAUGACACCAACUGGCUUGAUCGGAGCCCUGGUCAAGAAGAAGAGAAAAAGACACAUGCGCAGAAACUAGAAAAGAAAAAUAACAUUUUACCAUUGUGGGGGAAUGAGCGGACCAUGAAUCUUAACCCAUUGAUUUUGACAAACAUCCAGUCAUCUCAUUACUUCAAGGUCAAUCUAUAUGAACUCAAAACAUAUCAUGAGGUCAUUGAUGAAAUUUAUUACAAGGUUACCCAUCUAGAACCAUGGGAGAAAGGUAGCAGGAAAACAGCUGGCCAGACUGGAAUGUGUGGCGGAGUUCGUGGAGUUGGUGCAGGUGGUAUUGUCUCAACAGCUUAUUGUUUGCUAUAUAAGCUGUUUACGCUAAAGUUAACGAGGAAACAAGUGAAUGGUCUCUUAACCCAUCCAGAUUCACCUUAUAUUCGAGGCCUGGGGUUUAUGUACAUAAGGUAUACUCAGCCUCCACAAGAUUUGUGGGACUGGUAUGACCCUUAUUUGGAAGAUCCAGAGGAAAUGGAUGUCAAAGCUGGUGGUGGCCAAGUUAUGACUAUUGGUGACAUGCUCAGAGCAUUCCUGACAAAACUGGAGUGGUUUUCAACCCUUUUUCCUAGAAUACCUGUACCUAUUCAGCAAAAACUUGAAAAAAAGAUGUUAGAAAGAUUUCCUCCUGUAGUAUCACCCUCACGGCCACUGAAGCAAUCACUACCACCACUGCAGUCAAGCAAAGAGGCAAGACAUAUCCCUGAUGAUGAAGUGUCUUUUGGGGAAGCAGAACGAUUUUCAAGGCUCAGGAGGACGGAUGCACCUCCACCAAGAGAGAGGCGGCAAUCACCAGAUAGAGCCAGAAGCAAAGAAAGGGAAAGAGAUAGGAGAAGAGCUUACAGUUCUGAGAGGCGAAAUAGCAGAGAAAAACAUCACAGAAAUAGCAGAGAAAGGAGAAGCUCGUACAGCCGUGAGAGGAGUCCUACGCGCCAUCGAGAAAGAACACAUGUACAUAGAACAAAAAAUGGCAGGGAAACCCCUGUUCGUCGAAGCUCACCUGACGAUUUUGCUGCAGAGCUCAGAAGAGAAAAGGAACGUCAGAAACGGGAGAGAGAAAAAGAGAGGGAAAGAGAAAGAGAUCGGGAUAAAGAAAAAGACCGACACAGAGAUAAAGACAGGGAUCGAGAACGGGAUAGGGAAAGAGACAGAGAAAAAUUGAGGGAAAGGGACCGUUCUCGUGACAGGGCUCAUGAACGCUCUAGGGUCUGGGACAGAGAGGAUUCCCGUGACAAAGAUCGCAGUCGAGAUAAGGAUAAAGACUUGGAUCGUGCUUAUGACAAAGAGAGGGAUUAUUCUCGAGAAACACGCCAUAAAAGGAAACGGAGCUGAAAUUUGCAGACACUUUGUAUUAUUGAGUGUGUGUCAGAGAGAGAGAGAGAGAGAGAGAGAGAGAGAGAGAGAGAGAGAGAGAGAGAGAGAGAGAACUGUAUGCAGUCUCCGCUCUACAGAACUUACAGAUUUUGAUAUUGUGAGCUGUAUGACUGCUGUAUAGGUGGCUGUAUCUGCUGUAACUUCUAAUUUGUGAGAAGUUGAUACAAAGAUCAUUUAAAUUAAAACUGGGAACAAUACAGUUUGAUAUAUUAAAUAUCUCAAAUCAUUACAAGAAAUGCAAGAACUAUUUUUGAUCAUCAAAAAUUUCAGCUUUUAUUUUGAAACAAAGGAAAUUUGUUUUGAGCUUUAUUUCAAGAGUGGUUCUUGAAUUGUUGUUAAAAGAUGGCAUAGUGUGAGAAUUUUUGUAAAGAAAUAUUAACUAAAUUAUUAAAAAUGUGAGACUGCGUGUUAGCCAUGUGUGAGCCUAUGAAAGCAAUUCAUUGCAUAUCACUUUCAAGUAGUGUGUUUUAUUUGUUUGACUAUAGAAUUAAGUCUACAGAAAUGUAAUUUACUUGUAGAUAAAAGUAUACCCCAAACAUGUUUCCUCACUAAAACUUGGUCAAAUUUGUGCCUAAUUUUUCACCUUCUACCAGUAGAGUUUGUGGAGAUAACUGUUAAGGUUGCCUGAUAUUUACUGGUUUGAAAUACUUUUACUUCAAGCACGUCAAAACAAUACUGUUUUUGCAGUAAGGACAGUAGUUGUAGUCACCGGCCUCAAACUGAUAUGAGGUCUGUCACACACAGGUCUCAUCCUAGAUAACAGUCCAUAAUUGUUACGAGUGAAGAUCACAGAAUGUGUGCCUGAAUGAAAACACUAAUGCCAUAUCGGUACCAGUCAAAAUAUUAUCUUAACUGUGUGUUUGAGCUGAAGUGCUAAGACGUCAAUGAUCUAUCAUUACAAAGUAAUCAGAAAUGCCUUGAUUACAAACAACGGCUCAGUACAAAGCAGAUUUAAUAUCAGUUACCACAAUUUGUUCAGCUAAAUCAAAGAUCGACUCAUCCAGUGUUGAAUAACAAUCUUGACAUUGUCCCAGUACUUCACAUAAUGAUAUUUUGUAUUUAACAAGAUAUGAACUUUUUGUUGAUACGUCCCCCCCCCCCUCUCACCCCUCCCCCCACUGGAUUUCACACCCACAUCAAAAAUGGAUUUUUGAUACUGAUUAUAAUAAACUCACUCCCAUUUGUAACCUUACUGUAACUGCAUUUUACAGUUAUGGUAAUUUUUCUGGCUGUCAACAAGUAUACCAUAGUAAAUAUAUUGUCACAUUUUGUUUUUCACAAAGUAUAGUGAAGUAUUUUAAGUUUUGAUUUUUUACAAAAUGGGACACACAACAUCUGUGAAUCAUGGCUUUUGAAUUGUCAUAUAUCUUUUAUAAAUAUCACGCAUCAUUUGUCAGUGUUCCUUUGAAUCUUGUUAGUUCAUGUGUAUUGUGGAUGGUGCAACUCAGUUUUUCACAACAAACUAUUCCUAUUUUUUUAAUUGUGUAAUUUUCAUUCUUUCUCAUAUGCAUGUUGGAUUAUGGCUCACCUCCUCCCUCUCUUCUGUUUUUGCAGUAUUAAUUUUUCAUCUAAAUUUUAACAAUGCUGUGUGGUUUUUUUACGUCUUUUUUUUCUUUUCUUUCUGAGUAACAGUUUUCAUAUGUUUUGUGCAAACAAUAAUAAUAAUAAUAAUAAUAAUAAUAAUAAUAAUUGCUCUAAUUUGAAAAGAAUAAAAAAAUUAACUACAUAUAUACAAAUAUUUGUAUUGAGACAUGUAUGCUCAGCAUGAGAAACGUUUAAAUCAAAAUUACAAGUACUGUAUAAAUACUCAGUAUUGCUUCAAAUUUACUGCUAGAAAUAGCAAAACAGCUACCUCCUUAGCCUCAGGGGAUCUUCUUUCCACAGAAGAAGCUGAAAAGAAGUACUCCAAGAAACCUAAUAUCAGCAUGAAUAUGAAUACUGUGUAUGAAAACCCAUAUUAUAUGAACAAACAAAACCACUCACAAUAAAUCUGUUACCCUUUAUUGAAUGUGAAAGUUGGUAUAAUGCACCUAAUACCCUUGUUAAAGUUCAAAAAGUGCUGGAAGACUCGUUUGUCAUUUUGAAUUUGAAUGAAAUAUAUGCAAUCAGAAUAAUUUGCCAGAUUUGGUUGUGCAAUCACUGUCUUUGCACCUUGCAAGCCAUUGUAUUGUAAUGUAUGUUAACCGGGGACCUAGAAACGACGGAGGCGCUCCAUUCCUGCCACAGCCGCAGUGGUCCGCAACCCCACGACGACUUCCGCAGUCCACUCCACCCCUCCGCCGCCCCUCACCGAACCCAGGGUUAUUGAGCGGUUCAGCCCACGGUGGACCCCCCAGGGAAUGUCUCACACCAAACGAGUGUAACCCCUAUGUUUGCGUGGUAGAGUAAUGGCGGCGUACGCGUACGUGGAGAACUUGUUUGCGCAGCAAUCGCCGACAUAGUGUAACUGAGGUGGAAUAAGGGGAAUCAGCCCGCAUUCACCGAGGCAGAUGGAAAACUGCCUAAAAACCAUCCACAGACUGGCCGGUUCACCAGACCGACCUCGACACACAUCCGCCGGGCGGAUUUGUGCCGGGGACCAGGCACUCCUUCCUGUCCAGAACUGCAAGCCAUGAUAAGCUUUUUUUUCCUCUGGAAUAUUUUUGGUUAAAUAUCCCUUUUAUAGAUAUGGAGGUGUAGCAAAGUGGUGCAUGGCUUUUAGGUAACAAUAGGAGUGAACCACGCACUACUGUUCUGGCAGUGGUAUAAAAGAAAUGUGAGGUUUUGUGAGUACAAUGAAACGCAGUACGAUGUUUGAAGACAUGCUUCUUUGGUUUUAAUUUGAAUGAUCUUUGUACUGAUAUAAAACAAAGUAUUUUACUGUAGAAUAUUUUAAUUGCAGUGAUGAAGUAGUAUUGAUUAAUCAAACAUUAUAUAUAAACAUUAAAUGUUGUUGAAGUAAACAAUUGUUAAGGUAUCACAGAAAAUGUCGAGAAGUGUGUGCAUAUUCACCUGUUCGUGUGACUGAAUGUAUUUUUUCCCUUAUCUAUUAUUUAUGUCAACUUUAUUGUCAGAAUGUUAAAUGUAGUUAAAUUCUAACAGUACAUUACAUACCCGUCAUGUAUCCUCCAAUUUCUUUGAACUCCAAUUUAUGCACUCUAAUGCCUUUUCAGUAUCACCAUUACACAUUUACCUUACUAGAUAAUAAAAAGAAUCUGGGGUACAUAAGCACAAAUGGAAAAUUAAUGUUUUAUUGUGUUUUGAGAUUUGGUUGGCUUUUGCUAUUUGUAUUGACAGGUUGUCUACUUUGACACUGAAAGUAUUUGUUUUGUCAAAAAGAAACCUGAUAAAUAAUUAGAAAUUUACUAAGCAUGUUGGAAAUAAUGUCAUGAAAUUACUACAUCCUGUGUCCAGGAGUACAUCAGUAGUUUGAUAACAGUUUGAGGGCAUGGAGAAUCUCUCUGAAUAACAGACUGAUGACUGGAAUCAGUCAGAAUUGUUGUGUACUAUCUGCCUCUCUCUCUCUCUCUCUCUCUCUCUCUCUCUCUCUCUCUCUCUCUCUCUUUCUCUCUCUCUGAACUGUGCUAAUUUAUGAUUUCUACGUGAAAAAAAGGUGGUGAAUAGUUUAAAACAGACAACUUUCUUACUGAUUGAACAUCUGUUUUACAAUAAGUUCCACUGGAAACUUAUUUUGUUUAUGUAUCACUAGUAGUAUUUGUAUGCUGUUUUUGUUAUAUGCAGCUUUUUGCUGGCAUUCGCAUUUUUAUUACUGAAAUUCAUCUUUCUUUGUUACUUCUCCUAAACACCACAAUAAAUAGUGUAUAGUGAAUAUUUUUAUUAAAUCAUAUACAGUGUUGUGUGGAUUUUAUUUUCAUUCAUUUUGUAAUAGCUCUGAAAAGUUAGUACUUCAUUUUUAGUAUGUUGGUGGUGUAAGACAUAAAGAUGUACUCUUAAGUAUGUUUUCUCAGUUUUAUGAUGAACAAAAAACAUCUGUCAAAUGAUGAUAACUGGGCGGCUAUUCCAGCCCAAUAUGAUUGGCUUCAUCGAGAAAUCUAUUUUAUGAUUAAUAUAGAAAUUACAGCCUGCAGAGCAUACUUAGACAUGGAUCAAAAUUUUUAUAAAGGUAUUUAGUAGAGGAAAUACAUAAGUAAUGGAGUUACAUUGUUAAUGACUCAUGAUGGAUGUAAGUAGAUAAUAUAGGAGACACGAGUGACCUCAAAUGUUCGCCAGUAGUAACUUUGUAAAAUGUUUGUUUCUGUGAUUUAAUUAUAAGGUGCAUUCAGAAAGAAACAAGCCAGAGACUGUAAAGUGAAAACCACUGAAAGUAUCACAAUGCUUUUGCUUACAGAAGAAAGUGUGGUUCCUGUAUGAAUGCAGAGACCCCAAGCCCAUUCCAAGAGGGGUAUGGGCACACAUCACAUGAUGACAAAGCGAGCACAUUCUUGUGUCAACCAUGCACCAAACUUAAUAGUGCUGAAAAUAGAGAAAGAGAGGCUUCAGAAGAAGAACAAAGGGGUGUUGUGUUUCCUUACAGUGAAAGGAGUGUGGGGGAACGGAAUUACAUUGGACAAUGGCACAAGUGUACGGAUAGCACUGCAUGUCUAUUGCAGUUCGAAGCUCUGUGGCAGUGGCUGCCAACAUAAUUUGCUAGUCUUCAAUAAUGAGGGCAUCCACCUGCUGGGCAGUGGUAUCGGUAAUGUGGUGUGGUAUUCCAGAUUGUGCAUCAUUGGCCAACUUCCUUCAUUCUUCUUUGAAUUGCUUUGCCAUGCCUUGACCAUUGUGGCGGACAUGCCAUGCUCUCCAUACAUUUGUGUCAUUCUUUGAUGAAUUUCCACCCCUGCACUCCUUCUGAUGUCUUAAGAUGCACUACCCUCCUUUGAUCUUUCUUCUUCAGAAGUCUCUAUUCCACUGUUCUCAGCUAGACUAAGUGCAAUGGACAGUGAAUGUGUGUAAGUGCUUGCUCCGUCGUCACUAGGGCGUGUGCCUCUGUCCCUCUAGUGGUGAGUGUGGUGUGUCAGCACUCUCAUAGGGACCACACCUUCUUCCAUAGGUAAUGGCAUUAUAAUCCCUUCUGCAGUUCUCAUUCUACAGCCUCUGGUUUGUUUCUUUUUGAAUGCAAUUUGUAGAUUUGUGCACCAAUAUUUGUGACAUUAGAAGAACAUCUACUUACCCACUGCUGAAGCAGUAAUAAUCACAGAAACACACAUUUAAAAACUCUAAUCUGCAAAUUGUGUAAUUUCUUAUAGAGGAAGAUGAAAAAACAGAAAACACAAAUUAAAAGUUUUCCGGUGAUUUAGGGCAAGGAAUAGUUGUGUCAAAAUAUGUAUCUUGGUUAAUUUGAGACUCUUCCAUUGUUCUCUCUGACUGCUACAUUGUACUUUAAUGGUCAAUGAUGAUUAGGAGUGCCUUUUGAUCCUUUUUGGCAUUUUUACAUCUCAUGCUUGAAAACAGUUUUAAAAGUUCAAAAAGCUUGACAUUCAAGCGAGUUUUAAAAGUUGUAUGUCAAUCAGUUUUAUUUUUCAUUUUUUAAUAUUAUAUUUGAUAAACUGACACUACUCCUUUUGCAAAUGUUCAGUAUCUUGACAUCUCAAGUGUGGGAUUGAGUCAUGAUCUGUAGACAUAGUUCUCUGCAUAACAUUUCCUCUACUGCUACAGAACAGACUGUCAGAGGCUUUAUUGUUAGGUGUUCUGAUUAUCCCUCCUUAGCUGCUGACAGAUAAGUAAUACUUUGAACACUUUUCUGCUACAAUUGUUAAUAUUUUGCCAUAUUUUACAUUUUAAUUGCAUUUGUAUGGAAAUUGGACAAAUAUCUGCUGUUUGCUUUAAGACCAAAAUCUUCAGUAAUGUACAUGACAUACAAAGAAGAUAACUCUGUCAGUGGUUGAAAUAUUGUAUCCAAAAUGGAAUCAGCUGUGCUAGGUACUGGAAAACAUACCAUCAAUUAGUUAUGCUGGGAAAUUCUCCUAGAAAUCAAACCAAAGCCUAUUAGAUCAGCAAGGUGAUGAUAAGCAAGAAGUAGAGAGAAGUGACAUGAAUAUGUAUAUGUAAACAGCGACCUGAAUUGAUGAUGUAUAAAAAUUUCUGUGGCCAAAAAGAAUCUAAAACCAACAGAAAGGUGGUAGAUUUAAUUGGUUGAGUAUUAAUCCUUUCACUGGGGUGUUGGGAAAUGACGCAAAACCCGCAUGCAGCCCUAGAAAUUGACUUUCUCUCACAGCCAAAUCUCUCUCUCUCUCUCUCUCUCUCUCUCUCUCUCUCUCUCUCUCUCUCUCUCUCAAGUCAGGAGUAAGAAAUUAAACUCUUGUGUGUCUAAAUAUAACUUACACAUUUUUAUUUAUACAGUUUUACAAAAAUGAUUACUUAGAAUUUCCUCCACACCCCACCGGAUCAUAAUAAUGAAAUUACUAUCAAGCACAUUGUUUUUUGAUGAGACCAGUAUGUGGGAUGGGCAGUCUUGAUGGCCCUCACAUUGGAAAGGCCACGCUGGAAAAUGCUCUUUUGGGAAAGCAACAAGCAUUAGAAUGGGACUGUGGAACAAUGCAAUUUCGACGCUUAGAGUAACAGAAACAGACAUAACAGAGAACAUUACUCAUCAAGACAAUGCAAUAUAAGAAACUGAUUUAAAACAAUUGAAGCAUAUGAAACUGAAAACUGAACCUGUACACACCACCUGACAUCUAACAAUUGCCACUCAUUUAUAUAUGGGUUUAACAGUCAAAGGGUUAAUUUGAGAGGCAAGUGAGAAGUACAGUGGCAGAAUAAACUCCAAAUAGGAAGUUAUUUGCUGUGGGAGGAUGGUUGAUGGUUGAAAAACUAAGAAGUUUCUUCCCUAUAUGUUGUCUUUUACAGUAGCUGGAGGUAAUUGAGUGCCACCAUACUGGAAUAAGAUAGCUACCAUUUAUUUAACACACAUUGAUUGAGAAUAAUGUCUUUUGUUGGGAAAUUUAGUUAUGCUUUUAUAUCUCAAAAUAGCCGCAUUGACUGUAAAACAGAUUGUUCUUGCACUUUGCAUAUUAACCAUUAAAUUUGCUAUUUAAAUAUUAUUAUAAGAUUCAUUGUGUAUGGUUAUUGCCGUAUGUUAAUUGGAGCCAGAUCUUCCUGUAAUGUAUUGCUUCAGACUAACUUUUCUACUGUCAUUGUUACUAUUUCACCUUUGAAAGUGAUGAAUGUUGGAGGUCGUUCAUCUGAGGGUUAUGCAACUGAAAUAUUAACGUCAUAAAUAUUGACUGUCCAUGCAGAAGUAUGAAGUAAAAAUCUUUGCAAGUUUUGUUGUGGUGGCAUUGAUAACUGUCUUUCCAAUGCCUUUAACUUUUAUUUUCCAUUCUCCUAAUACUAGUCCGUAACAUAUCACGGCAUCCAGUUUUUUUGUCAUGGUUAGAUAUUAUAAUCUGAUCAUGGGGCUCUCUUAUUCACUAAAACCUCAUGAAAGGCAAGUUAUUAAGCCAUACCAGUAAGCAGCAUAUAUCAUUAUUGUUAUAUUUUCAUCAUUACUACGUCAUUUAAGGUUUUUCCCAGGUUUUAAUAUCAUUCAUCAGAGAUUUUUGCACUCCAUGCACAUUUUCUUCACUGUUUUCAGAUAAGGAAAUUAGCUCUAACCUGCAUAGUUCAUCUGGGGUUAGCAAUGGUUUUGCUCCAGCUCACUUGAGUACACUGCAGCCCACAAGAAAAAUGGGAAUCUUGUUUUAUACUGAGAAUCCUUAAAUGUUUGGUGUAAUCAAAGUUGCUUCAUUGAGGAAGAGUUUAUGUAGCUUUAUCCUCCAUUUUAAUACAAGAUGCUCAAAAAAUAAAAGUACAGAAUUCAAUAACAGUUCCUGUGACUAUUAUAAUACUGUUUUCUUUUACUAGGAAUCAGGAGAGUUCUAAUGGUUGGUACAGUUGUCCCCGGUCCUGCAAACCUCUUGAGUCAGAUAUAGAAAGCCAAGAAACAAAAAUUAGUGUGCAAAUGAAUGUUUCCCAGAUUUGUUGGUUUUUUUUUUCUCGUAAUAUGGCAACUUGUAAGUCGGUCAUUCUUCACCAAUAUUAGUAAGUGAAAUAUUCAAAGAAGAACUAUUUUAUAUUCUUGUUGGAGGUUUGUCUGACUUUUGAUAGAUUUUAGCAAUCCCUUUAUUGUUCAGCAUAUUUUGAUAAUUAUACUAUAGCUAAAAAAAGAGUUUGCUGUUGUUGUUGAUAAACCAAUAUGUGCUAGUAGUGAGCAGAUGUUCAGCCUCAAUUCCAUCCUCAUACUAUGCACAACAUUUGUUGUGAAUGGAUAUCAAUGAAAUUUCAUUGGGCUUUUGUUGUCAUAUUCCGUUAAAGAGUUGGCAAAGCUGCUAGUUGUAUGUUGUUAUAAUGUAACUUCGUUUUCACAACAUUUAUCACUGUAACUGAGUUGAUGAAUGUAUGGUAAGAUGUGGCUGGAAUGAGCGAUUCCCAUUUAUACUGUUUGAUAUUAUGGUGAUGCUGAUAUUUGUUAUUCUAGGUUAUAUGGAUUGCCAAUGUUGUUAGUUGCUAUUUAUUGGAUACAUGUGUUACAUGAUUCUUUUGUUGUAGUUCUCUUGAUUUAAUUUGCAUUUGUACAGAUCAUCUGCAUUUGCUUGUCUUCACAACUGUCAGAUUGAAACAUAGGCAUGUGUGCAACAGAUAUGCAGUAUUAUUUGUUAUAAAUGUUGAAUGCUGAAUUAUUUUGCACAGCAUGAAUAUAUUACUCCUGAACAUAUCAACUAAUGAAGUUCCAUCUCUGUUUCACAAAUUUCUUGGUUCUCUGUGACUCCAGUUCAUGUAUAAUAUUGUUGUGGUGUAUAAUUUUAUCCUCCUCAGUGUGUAGCUUUCACUACACUAGACGUAGUAGUUACUACCUGUAGACAAAGGUACAUGAGGUGGGGGGAGGGGGGGUGGGGUGCGCGUGCACUUACACACACACACACACACACACACACACACACACACACACAUUCUCAUAGUCUGGUUUUUGUUGCCAUUCAGAUAAACAGUUUGUUCCUUAUUGCUGCUCCUAGGUUCUAUAACCCCUGGCCAAGUUCCAGUUCUCCAAUAAUUACAGUGUCAUUCAAGCUUCUGCUCUUCCCAUGAUUUGUCCUAUCUUUCCUGUGCCAAAGGCAAAUUCUUAGUUGUAGAGCAUUCAUUCAGUUUCUAAUACCUGGUGUUGGUAGAUAACGAUUAACUUAGGGUUAUCAGAGAUCAAAACUUCCAUGACAUCAUUACCCAUAUAAACGCUGUGUGACUUCUUACUAACACCCCUCCUCCCCUUGUCGUCACCACCACCACAAACAAAUGACUUGUAAAACCUGUCAUCAUUGUGUUAAUUCAGUUUUUGAGCCAGUUUUAUUAUUUACUUUGCCCAUUUGAAACUUCCUACAUUUUCUUUAUUUUGCUACCUCCAGAAACAUUUCUUCAGAGUAGUAGAAUUGUUUCAUGUGUUCACAGUUUGCAACAUUAUUUUUUUCUCUAAUUUCUAUACUGUCAUCAACUAGACAUUCUCCCCAUUUGCACAUGGUUGUCUUCAUUUGCAUCCCUCAUUUUCGGGACUCCAGGUCUCUGUUUCUUAUUAAUAAUUUGAAGAAGAACAACCAUUAUAGAGUAAAUUUGUUUUCCUUGCCUUAUGUGUACCAAGUAUAUAUCCUAACACAGCACAAAUAAGUUUAGGUGCAGUGGCCAUGUUGUUGUUUUCCGUUGGUCUUCGUCGGCUCUGAUGUGGCAGUAUGAACGUCAUGCAUUUAUCUCCAUAAGGAUAUUUGCAAAGUAGGAGAGAACUACUGGAAAUGCUAUUAUUGUCUGUGACUUGUGAUUGUAUAGAUUAGCUAUAGAGUCUUGCUGACAGAAAGUAGUGAUACAGGUACAGGUCUUAGUUUGACACAUUAUUUUAAUCUGUCCAGAUGUUCAUUUCUGUGCAAGAUACAGUCUUGGUAACACUUCCAUAUAAUGAUAGAUACAGAAAAUGAUAUUUAACAAUUGAACAAUUUUUUUUUUAAAGAAAUUUCCGUCAUUGACUGUAAGUUUGUAUUCAUUUAUGUCAUACAAUCAUGAUUUCGGCUUUGUAGCCAUUCUCAAGUGCAAUUUGAAAUCACAAAAAUAUCUGACCUUCCUAAAUGAUAUGUCAGUGUCAAAAUAACAUUUAUCUGGUCUUAUAAACUGGUCAUUAUAUUAAAGGAUAUGAAUACAUAUCAAAGACACACAGUAUAUGUAUGGUACUCAUGUCCUUUAAUGUGAUGACUGUUUUAUAAGACCAGAUGAGUGUUUCUUUGAUGAUGGCAUAUCAUUUAGACAGGUUGGACAGUUUUUGAUAUUUCAAAUUGCACCUGAGAAUGGCUAUAAACCCAAAAUCAUGAUUGUGUGAAAUGAAUUAAUGCAAAUUGACACUCAGACGGAAGAAAUUUCUUUCAAGAAGUUCUACUUGACUGUGGUCCCCAAUGAAGGAAAAAUCAUUAAUUCAACAAAGGUAUGGAACACUGAGAGUAGUUAAUAAUUGUAAUUUGAAAUUUUCAAAUGAUUCAGCCUUUUAGUGCAUUCCAGUCCAUGAUGUACAAAAGUUUUUUUAAACAUAUCAUUAGCAUAAACAAGUGUUCAUUCUGGGUAAUACUGAGGAUAAAUUACCCACUGAACAUUACUGUACAUCAUUGCCAUUCAGCUAUUUGCCAUCAGUAAUUAUAGUGGCAGUGUUUGCAGAAGACAUUUAAAUAUUAAUUUACAUCUUAUUAAAUGAUUAUUAUUUUCUUUCCAUGUUUUCUUAUACUUUGUACCUUGUCAUAGUUUGUAUUUCAGCCUUGUAGCCCCUGGUACCCAGCUUUACAAAAGUCCAAAAUGUUUGGACUGUUUUAAAGCUUACAGUACAUUUAAAUUUCUGACUUAUAUUCCCUUUUAUUCAUUUGAAAUGUAACAAACUUGUGAAAGUCAUUUUAAUUAAAACAGCAUACAAACUAAUCAAUCUACCUCAAAAAAUGAAAGUGAUCUUGUUCUUUUGGUUGGCUGUCCAGAACAUUUAUUUUCUGGAGGAAGCAAACAUAAUUUUCAAUUCUGUACUGUAUUCUAUAAUUUCAUCUUAUUACUGGCAUGAUAAGCAUCAUAUUUUAUUUUGAUCAUGAAGUAAUAUACUCAGUUUAUAUCAAAACAAAUGUAUGUCACACUUUAAAAAAAAAGGGGGGGGGGGGUGAGCCAUGUAGGAUGAUGUAACAAUACUUUUAUUUCGUGACCUUUUCAAGGUACAGAAAUGAGGUUUUCAGAAGAUGACAGUACACAGAGGUACUAUGAAAAGAGAUAUUGAAACAUGUUAUGGUGUGCUUCUUUUAACAACAUUUGAAAGUUUUUGAAAGUACGACGAUUAAACUCUCAUUGGUGUUGAAACUUUUGACUAAAAUAUACCAGAAAUGUGCUAAAAUUGAAAGACAAGAUAGCUGUGAUUGGCUGUUGCACUAUAAACACAAGGGGGAUCUGUUAUGUUAGGCUCUGCCAUAAUAUGCAGAUAGAAGACAAGCCUACACUGCUAAGAUGAAACAUAUUUCCUCUUGAUCUUAAUUUAUUUUACAUAGAUACAAUGUCAGCUUCAGUUGCUGUAAGUGGAGCUACAUUCUAACUUCUAGCCUGUCAGGAGGGGUUGAGUAAAACUAUUUCAAAUGUGUGUACAUACUUGAAUAGAACAGCAUUUUUGGGAACAGUUAAAGGGCUAGAUAUGACAGUGGAGCCUGUCAUGAGAGCCCCACUUAGCAAUGUUUACACCACAGUUGACAAAUUCUAGACAACUCUAUCAUUUAACUUUAGCACAUUUUUUGGAUAUUUUUCCAAAAAGUUUGUCAAUAUUAACAACAUUACAGCACUAUAUUCAUCACCCUGCAUAUGAAAUGGUAAACUGUGUAAAAUACACAACAAACAAAAGAUAUGUUACACACUCUACCACUACACAUCAUCUGUGUAUAUUAAUUAGCUCCCAUUCAUAAGUUGAACAUGUAUUCAUGGAAAAUGAAACUACAGAUAAAAUUUAAAAAACCAAGACACAAAGUUCAUAAAUAAGCUAUGUGAAUAGGAAAUAUUACAGGAUAUGUAUCAAGAGUUUAAAUGCUUUUUUUUCAAAUUUGUAAAGAAUAUGUUGAUGGCAAUUUUCUUCAGUCAGGCAGCUGUGUUCACAGCUCCCUGAGAUAUGUAUUUAAUAAUGAAAAAUGAAUGUAUUUAAAUGAAUUUUCAAAAUGUGUAACAGCAUGUCUUCACAGGGAAAAUAGUUUGCCUUUUGAUAAUCUGAGCAUGAUGCAGUGAAUGACUGAUAAUGCUUUUGAAAGGACUUUGUAUUCGUAUGAAACAUUUCACCGGCUCUUGUUUCGAUAUAUAUCACAGUCUCAUUUUGUCAGAGCUAAUGUAAUCACAAAGUACUUACUUUUGUAAAUUAUUUGUAGGUUCCGAUGUGUAAAAAGGCAAUAUAUGUACUUAAAAUUAAUGUAACUUUUGAAUAAUAUUUUUGUUUAGAGGAGAGACAAAGAUAGAAGGAAUAACUUACUAGAAAUCAACUCUACAAUGUAAUUGUCAUAGAUUCACUAAAUUCAUGAUUUUCCUUUCUCUCCACAUCCUCCUCCACCCCCCCCCCCCCUCCCCCGUCUCUCUCUCUCUCUCUCUCUCUCUCUCUCUCUCUCUCUCUCUCUCUCUCUUGCAUAAAACCUCCUUACACACAUAUGCAAAAAAAACCUCUUAUUUUCAUAAUAUGUUCUUUCCCAUUCAUAGUAUUUGCACAAGUUGUUAUAUUGUUACUUGAUAGACAUCUAUGUGAACACUGCACUGAAAAUGGAAGCUUAUGUACCACUCACUCAAGUACAUUGUUUCAUUAUUCUAUUGAUAUUUUGAAUUUUGUAAAAAAGAAAAAAACAGUCUGUUCCUCUGUACUGAUUUUUAUGUACCUUAUUUAAGAACCUCAUUGGGAAAGUCUCAGGGGACUUUUCUUUCACGAAAAGGAAGAAAGAAAGAUAACAUAGAAUUUUUGAAAUGUCUCUGUGUGUAAAGUUCAAAUAUCUUUUGAUACAAUAAAGUUAUGUAUAGGUAUGCCUCUGAA